AUGUUUCCUCCGAUCCCUGCGCCCGACUCUGCUUACCAAGCUGCAACCAUCUCUACAGUGGAUGGGCUCGAAAAUACAAUCUCUGCGCUACCUCCCCACGAGUUACAGAAACCCCCAAGAGCAUCCUCUCUCGCCCUCAAUGGCCUACCCAUCUAUUCCGCAUCGGGUUUUGACAUGCUCGACAUUCUGGCCCGAGUGGCGACACGGCCCCAACCCAAGGUCGCUCUUGGUCCCGUCGAUUUGACGUGCUCUUUCCUCGUCGUAGAUGUGACAAGGGAUGAUUCGCCAAUCAUUUACGCCUCGGCGACCUUCACCGAGCUCACGGGCUACACCGAAGCGGAAAUAUUGGGAAAAAAUUGCCGAUUCCUGCAGGCUCCGCCCGGUGUCUCUCUCGAACGGGGAGGCCCCAGAGAGCAUACCGAUAUCGACAGUGUCUCUCAGAUGGCUCAAAGCGUGUCUGCUAACCGCGAGUGUCAGGUCACCCUCGUCAACUAUCGUAAGAGCGGAGAGCCAUUUAUCAAUUGCGUCUCGAUCAUCCCCAUCGUCUCCGGUGGUAACGAACCCGUUCGUUAUCACGUCGGAUUUCAAGUAGACCUUGCCAUUCAACCACUGGCCAUCAUGCGCAGCGUCCAAAAUGGUAGCUAUAUCACAAACUAUAGCUCGACACCCCUCCCUCCUGUCAUGUAUCAAUCUAACAAACUCAACAUCCGAGCCAUCUCCAAGGAUAUGUCAGAUGUCCUCAACCGCACAGGAACCAUUACAGACCCGUCGAGCAUGAACGACAGUCAGGAUAGGCAUAGGCUCAGUCUUUUGCUCCUGGAAGAAUGCUCAGAUGCAAUUUUUGUCGUCUCCCUCAAGGGAUCCUUCCUCUAUGUUUCGCCAUCCGUCACCCGCCUCCUGAAUUUCCACCCGGAUUAUUUCCUCAACAAAAAUCUGUCCGACAUUUGUCACCCCUCGGACCUAGCACCGACCAUGCGCAACCUCAAAGAAUCCUCCGCCUCCGUCGCGGCCAACCCACCUCCUCUAAACCCAGCGACCUCUCCCUCACAAGAUAUUGAACUCUUGUUCCGAGCACGCCGCUCAGAUGGUUCCUACAUCUGGCUUGACUGCCCUGGCAAGCUGCACGCUGAUACAUCCAGGGGCCGCAAGGCACUAUUGCUCCGACUUCGCAAAGUGGAAAUGCCCCGUUUGACCUGGCGGCUGAUCAAUGAAUCUGGUGGUGUUGACAGGGACGACUGCUACCUGCGGGUUGCCCGCGACGAACGCGGCCUGAUAGUUGCUUGUUCAAAAACGGUCGAGGAUGUGCUAGGUCGCAAAGCGGACGAUAUCGUUGGGAGAACACUCAUGGAACUCGUCAUCGAUGAUACUGAGGGAUCCAAACGAGAGCUCAUCAAGAGCGCACUUGGAGUUGCCGAUGUGGCGUGCAAUCAGAUUGACGAAACCAGGCCGUCGCAAAUCGUCUAUUGUAAUGUACCAGCCGCGACCCUCAACAAAGACAAGAACAGAAAGAGUCCCAUGGAAGGUGCCACUGACGGCACCAAUGGCAAGUCCAUAGUCCUUGCGACUACCGAGAUCAGAUUCUUCCCGCCCCUAUCCAUGAAACUAGGCCCCGCUCCCGAAGAACGACAGCCAUCUCCGCAAGAGUCGUCAAGUACACCUUGGAGACGAACUCCUGGGACUCUGAUCGUCCGUCUUCGCGUUCUUCAGCGACGCAUGAUGCGAUCAAAUCUUCCAGAAGCCUCCGUUGGCCCAAAGACCGGACCCACCGCCCUGUAUCAACAGGCACCAAAAGUGAGCGGCGCUUCCUUGUCGAUUGCUUCCCCGCUUUCUGCCACAUUUCCAUCAUCCGCAUCGACCUCCAACUAUCCUAGCUACGGGCUGAGCACUAACGAGUCGUCCUUGCCCCUCAUCACACAACCUAUUACCUCACCACUCCAGUUAUUCCGGAGUGACUCUUCGAAUUCCAAUGGGAACAUCCGCCCACCACGACGAAAAAUUGGUCAUCAGGUACCACUGAAUGGAAGCGUCAACCUGAUUGAAGACACGGCCCACCAAGAGGGCUCGGCGUCAGUAUCGAAUAGCACAUACCUGGAUCCCUCCCAGACAUCUGAAAGUCCCGUGACGACGGGAGGUGUUGGAGUUGGUUCGAGCUGGCAGUAUGAGUUGCAGCAGCUUCGAAUGAGAAACGAGAAAUUGCGUGCUGAGCUUACCGCUCUUAAGAAAGAGCACCGAGCCAAACGUCGUGCAAGUAUGGUUGGUAGACUGUCGACAGAUGGCGUCCAUUCCAACGUGACGUCCACAGCCCAUUUGGGCACCUCCGUACCCACUGGUUCAUCCACAGGCUGGCCAUCGGGUUACCCUUCCAUGACACCAAGUGGAUCUGGGUCCAGCGGAGCAGACAGUGCAACCGUAAAGCAUCCUGGGGCCCCAUCACACGGGAUUCCGCAGUAUCCCCCGUCCCGUGCCAAUUUAUCAAUCCCGCCACCUCCUCAUCCAUUGACCCAUACAUAUAAUAGUCAAGAUGGGCAUAGCAGCGAAAAUGGUAACAAGAGGACAUGGAGUCAGACGGACAUGAACACUGAAUGGAACCACUGGAACAAUUAG